AUGCGGCCUUCGCUAUCGAAACUCCUCCUAGCCUGUCUCACCUCCUUCGGUGUGGCCAGUGUCAGCGCCCAGAGAUGGGGGUUUCCCUAUGGAGAGCAGAAGCUCAGGGGAGUUAACCUUGGUGGCUGGCUCGUGACUGAGCCCUGGAUCACCCCGUCCCUGUUCGAUAACACCGGUGACCCAAGGGUCAUCGACGAGUGGACGUUUGGUCAAUACCUGGACCGAGGCCGUGCACAAGCCAUUCUUCGCAACCAUUGGGACACGUUCAUCACCGAAGCCGACUUUGCUGAGAUUGCUGGCGCAGGCCUCAAUCAUGUUCGUCUCCCCAUUGGAUACUGGGCCUUCGAAGUUGGCCCAGGAGAGCCAUACAUUUCAGGACAGCUUCCUUACCUCCAAAGAGCCAUUGGCUGGGCGGAGAAGUACGGUCUCAAGGUCAUCAUCGAUCUCCAUGGUGCUCCUGGCAGCCAGAAUGGCUUCGAUAAUUCAGGCCAAAAGAUGGACUACCCAACCUGGCACACCAAGCAAUCUAAUGUCGAUCGCACGAAUGCCGUAAUCAAGAGAAUCGCAGAUAUGUUCAAGGAUUCGACUGCUGUCGUCCCCAUGAUUGCGCCUUUGAACGAACCUGCUGGAUAUCGUGGAGAUGACGUGCUGCGAGUUACCCGUCAGUUCUGGUACGACAGCUACGGUAACAUUCGCUAUCCCUAUGGCAGCGCAAGGCAGAGCGACACUGUCGUCAUGAUCUCCGAUGCGUUCCAGCCUCUGAGCUAUUGGAGUGGAUUCAUGGCUUAUCCUGGAUUCGAGGGGGUUAUGAUCGACACUCACCACUACCAGAUCUUCAAUGAUGAGCUCAACAGGAUGAGUCCUGAACAGCACAUUCAAAUGGCCUGCAGCAGGGGAAGAGAACUGGCCGCUUCUCAUCUCUGGAUUGCCGUUGGCGAAUGGUCUCCUGCUCGGACUGACUGUGCCAGGUACCUCAACGGUCGUGGCGUUGGCAGUCGCUUCGAAGGAACAUACCCUGGCUCAAGCCACAUCGGCAGCUGCCGCAGUUUCACUGGCCCUGCAUCCGGAUAUAGCCAAAGCUACAAGAACUUCUUGCGACAAUUCUGGGAGGCUCAGACCAUCGCAUUCGAGAGGGGCGGUGAUGGCUGGAUUCAGUGGACCUGGAAGGCGGAGGAGGCUCACGAGUGGUCGUAUCAGGCUGGGUUGAGGAACGGAUGGAUCCCAAGGAACCCGACUGACAGGAUGUACCCCAACAUCUGCGGCUGA